AUGGCAGACUUUUUGGAGCCUUGGGAGCCACGGAAACACACCGAUUACACAGACGAGGCGACAUUCACCUUCCUGGAAUCUCUCCAUCUCUAUCAAGAGUCGAAAUAUCUCUCCAUAAUUCUGCAUGACUUGGGAGGUUUCCACCACGAUGAGGUUCUUCGUGAGCGCGUCUCAAAUAUAUUCACAACGACCAACAAAUUUCUCGUCAAUGCAUCCGGGACUGGCAAGACUCGACUUUGUUAUGAAGGGCUUUGCUCAAACUGGGGCUUUUACCUCAGUGGCCAUAUCGAUGACGGCCGCCUCGGCUCGUACGACUUGCAAUUGCUGCUACGUGAAUGCCCAACCAAUCUCAGGGACAAGGACGUAUCUCAAAAGCUCCAAGUGAUGACCAACCUAUUCGGUGCUAUCUUGUUGACCCGAUUGUUAGUGUUUUUGAUGUUUUUGCAAGAGGCAGCCGUCGAUGAGGCAGAGUUUUCGGAUGAGACAAAGAAGCGGUGGCUCACAACCCAGCUACUGCCCAGAAAUCUUGCCGACAUAAACACCGAACCCUUCGAAGAGGUGACGAGAAAGCUGAUGAAACAUGACUGCACUUACCUCGCCGACAACAUCACUAUUGCACUACGCAAAAUUCGGACCUUUAUCGGCGAAGACCCUUUGUUUAUUGUGUUGGACGAAGCAAGUUAUGUUGUCGACAUGUACUCACACCACUUCAACGACACCCCUCUCUUGCAAAUAAUCCUCCAGACGUGGACAGACCUGACGAAAGGACAAUGUCCAAUCAUCUGUGCGGGAAUCAAGAUACCCCGAGAACGGUUUGCAGAUGGAGCUGGGAGCGAUUUCGCUUGGACGUCGAAUACUGGUUCCUUCGAUGACCCUCUUCGGCAAGAGCAAUAUGUGUCUCAGUUUCUGCCGCCGGCUUUUCCGCGAGUCUCCUGCAGGCCGUUUUCUAAUAGCAAGAACUUGGCGCUGGCUGCGCGGCAGGUACUGUUCCUGUUUUGUGGGAGCAAAAAUGCUCAUCAACCGCUCAUCAGACAUCGGUUCACAGCAACUUUCAUUGCUUUCCUGCUCGUCGAGGGUCUGCAUUUUCCGCACACGCGUUUCGAUAAAUAUAUAGAGCAUGCUGUCUCCUUCCGACCGAUGGAUGCAGUCGAGUACGUAGGGGCUGAAGGGGAGGCGCCAAUUUGGCCAGCAAGCUUUUAUCCAAUCAAAAUUCGUGGAGUGUCUGAAGAGGACAAGAACCUGUUUCUCGAAAUCCUCUUGCGUUACUUGGCGACCCACAAUGCCUCGCCACUGCUCGGAGAAGAUCAAAUUCCUCUGAUGUAUCGCGAUUUUAGCGCGUUUUCAGGAUGGAAACUUCACGGAGUUGGAGGGCCAAACGAAAAUCCGGCAACCUUCAUUCAGAGCCUUCGUCGAAACAUCCCUCGAACAUCAGAAUCUCUGACCCACUAUCUUGUGUUUUAUCUUACCCAGGCUUUGAGGAAGGGGCGACCGUCUGGAUCGAAUCUUCUCUUUUCCACGUGGUUCUCCGCAAUGGGCGACAAAGCCUGCAACUCUAACGACUUUGAAUCUUUCCGACCACUUGCCCAUCAGGCGGUCUCCAUAGAGGACACUCUUUCGUGGAUGGAACAUCGUGUGGGCACCGUGUUUUGUUUACCGCAUUCAUCAAACGCCAACUUACUCUUCGCCAUCCAACUGGCUGAUGGAAACUUUGUCUGGGUAGCGUUGAAGGCGUUGUUAACCCAAGAACCUGCAUUCUUCAAAGAAGUUGACGACACCACCCAAUCUCACUUGCAGCGCGUCUUUGAUGCUCUCCCCAAUAGCGGCAGCUGCAGGGUCUUGCGCGCCAUAUGUGCCUUUCCAAUCGAAAUACCCAGGGAGGAUGCGGUCACUCUUUAUGAAGACAUCGACACCACCGACGUUGCCAUCGUUAACAUCUCCGCCUUCGAAUCCCGUCCUUCCCAAGUCAUGCAAACAGACCUAUUUGAUGCCAUCGUUGCGGGAGUGCUUGCGGGUCACAAACGCAAAUCGCGCUGGGAGAGCAGCGAUGAGGACACGCUGUGGACGAGUCGUAAAAGGCUCAAACUGGAGUAUCUCACUGAGCGAGAGCAGAGGUAUCUUACAUGGCCGGAGGCGAGGUGGGAUGGGCCGAUUGUGUAUGAAGAAGAAGAGUUUGAGGAGGUUGAAGAGACGCCCAUACAAACCAGAAGAAAGCCGACGCAACGUAGCAAGGGGACCAAGAAGGCAGAAGCGUCAACGAGGCAGGGCAAGCGAAUAAGCAAGUCCGUUCCAGCCAGGGCUCACAAGUUGUCUGUCGAGAACAGCAAUGCCGCUCGUAAUCGCCGAAAAAAACUUACGACCGCACAGUCUACCCGUGGCGGUAAAGCCAAAGAAGCGGUAGCGGAUGACGACACAGCUAAGCCUCCUGCGGAGAGUAGCAGAAAACCUGGUACGAAACGAAAGACACCACUUGUCGAUGAACCCGAUCUCGGCACCAUAGAUCUUGACAAAACUCCGGCACAAAACACGCGCAGUAGAUCCAAGAAGGUCUGA